CACGCACCGCUCUACGGUUCCGUGUGGGACUGAGGGCCGAAGAUUUCCGGAUCAGCGGGUUCUUCAUCGGGAGACUAGGUGCUGCAGCUUCUUCUACGAGGUGCACUGGAGUCCCCUCCGGGCCCUUUGCUACCGGAGUGGAAGGAGAGUGUGGCGAUGGCGGCCCCUGCACAGCCAAAGAAAAUCGUAGCCCCUACGGUGUCCCAGAUCAAUGCGGAGUUCGUGACCCAGUUAGCAUGUAAAUACUGGGCUCCUCACAUCAAGAAAAAAUCACCUUUUGACAUAAAGGUUAUUGAAGAAAUAUAUGAGAAGGAGAUUGUCCAGUCAAGGUUUGCCAUCCGAAAGAUAAUGCUGUUGGAAUUUAGCCAGUAUCUUGAAAAUUAUCUCUGGAUGAAUUAUUCUCCUGAGGUAUCUAGCAAGGCCUAUUUAAUGUCCAUCUGCUGUAUGGUGAAUGAGAAAUUCAGAGAAAAUGUUCCUGCAUGGGAGACUUUUAAGAAGAAGCCAGACCACUUCCCAUUCUUCUUUAAGUGCAUCUUGAAAGCGGCAUUAGCUGAAAAUGAUGGUGAAUUUUCACUCCAUGAACAGACAGUCCUAUUGCUUUUUCUUGAUCAUUGCUUCAAUAGUUUGGAAGUAGACUUGAUACGGAGUCAAGUACAGCAGCUUAUCUCCCUCCCAAUGUGGAUGGGCUUACAGCCUGCACGAUUGGAAUUAGAAUUAAAAAAGACACCUAAGCUAAGAAAAUUCUGGAACUUGAUUAAAAAGAAUGAUGAAAAGAUGGAUCCAGAAGCAAGAGAACAAGCCUAUCAAGAAAGAAGAUUUCUUUCACAACUCAUCCAGAAGUUUAUCUCUGUUCUGAAAUCAGUCCCGCUGUCUGAACCUGUCACUAUGGACAAAGUUCAUUAUUGUGAAAGAUUUAUUGAACUUGUGAUAGAUCUAGAGGCCCUGCUCCCUACAAGGCGCUGGUUUAAUACCAUUCUAGAUGACUCUCAUCUUUUGGUUCACUGUUACCUUUCCAAUCUUGUUCAUAGGGAAGAGGAUGGUCAUCUUUUUUCUCAGCUUUUGGACAUGCUUAAGUUCUAUACUGGUUUUGAAAUUAAUGACCAGACUGGAAAUGCUCUGACAGAGAAUGAGAUGACCACAAUUCAUUAUGAUAGAAUUACUUCUCUACAGAGAGCUGCUUUUGCACAUUUCCCUGAACUCUAUGAUUUUGCCCUCUCCAAUGUGGCAGAAGUAGAUACUCGGGAAUCCUUGGUCAAGUUUUUUGGACCUCUUAGUUCAAACACACUCCACCAGGUGGCAUCAUACCUCUGCUUGUUGCCAACCCUUCCUAAAAAUGAAGACACAACUUUUGAUAAAGAAUUUCUUCUAGAAUUGCUGGUAUCUCGACAUGAACGUCGGAUUUCUCAGAUUCAGCAGUUGAAUCAGAUGCCUUUGUAUCCAACUGAAAAAAUUAUAUGGGAUGAAAAUAUUGUCCCAACUGAGUACUAUUCUGGGGAAGGUUGUCUUGCUCUUCCCAAGUUGAAUUUACAGUUUUUGACUCUUCAUGACUAUCUCCUAAGGAAUUUUAAUCUGUUCCGCUUAGAAUCAACGUAUGAAAUUAGACAGGACAUUGAGGACAGUGUCAGCAGAAUGAAGCCAUGGCAAUCUGAGUACGGUGGUGUAGUGUUUGGUGGUUGGGCACGAAUGGCCCAGCCCAUUGUGGCUUUCACUGUAGUUGAGGUUGCCAAACCCAACAUAGGUGAAAACUGGCCAACCCGAGUUCGUGCAGAUGUCACCAUCAAUUUGAAUGUCAGAGAUCACAUCAAAGAUGAAUGGGAAGGUCUUCGUAAACAUGAUGUAUGUUUUCUAAUUACUGUGCGUCCCACAAAACCUUAUGGCACAAAGUUUGACCGGAGGAGACCAUUCAUCGAGCAGGUUGGCCUGGUUUAUGUCAGAGGCUGUGAAAUCCAGGGCAUGCUGGAUGAUAAAGGGCGUGUCAUUGAGGAUGGACCUGAACCCAGACCCAAUCUUAGAGGAGAAUCAAGAACGUUUAGAGUAUUUUUGGAUCCAAACCAGUAUCAACAGGAUAUGACCAAUACUAUACAAAAUGGAGCAGAAGAUGUAUAUGAAACUUUCAAUAUAAUAAUGAGGAGAAAACCAAAGGAAAAUAACUUUAAGGCUGUGCUGGAGACUAUUCGAAACCUGAUGAAUACUGAUUGUGUGGUACCUGACUGGCUGCAUGAUAUCAUUUUAGGUUAUGGGGACCCAAGUAGUGCCCAUUAUUCAAAAAUGCCCAAUCAGAUUGCUACCCUUGAUUUCAAUGAUACAUUUCUCUCCAUUGAACAUUUAAAAGCCAGCUUUCCUGGUCAUAAUGUUAAAGUAACUGUGGAUGACCCAGCUCUACAGAUACCCCCUUUCAGGAUAACUUUUCCAGUAAGAAGUGGAAAGGGGAAGAAAAGGAAAGAUGCAGAUGAAGAUGAAGACACCGAAGAGGCAAAAACCUUAAUUGUUGAACCUCAUGUUAUUCCUAAUAGGGGACCUUAUCCUUAUAACCAACCCAAACGUAAUACUAUUCAGUUCACUCAUACACAGAUAGAGGCUAUCCGUGCUGGAAUGCAGCCUGGGCUCACCAUGGUUGUGGGCCCACCUGGUACAGGAAAAACAGAUGUGGCAGUACAGAUCAUAUCCAACAUCUACCACAAUUUCCCAGAGCAGAGAACUCUAAUUGUUACUCAUUCCAAUCAGGCCCUGAACCAGUUGUUUGAGAAAAUCAUGGCAUUAGACAUUGAUGAGCGCCACCUGCUACGUCUUGGUCAUGGAGAAGAAGAGCUGGAGACAGAGAAAGAUUUCAGCAGGUAUGGAAGAGUUAAUUAUGUCUUGGCUCGAAGAAUAGAACUUUUAGAAGAAGUCAAACGGCUACAGAAGAGUCUGGGUGUUCCAGGAGAUGCCUCAUAUACUUGUGAAACCGCAGGUUAUUUCUUCUUAUAUCAGGUAAUGUCUCGUUGGGAAGAAUAUAUCAGUAAAGUGAAAAAUAAAGGUAGUACAUUACCAGAUGUUAUGGAAAUCUCCACUUUCUUCCCUUUCCAUGAAUAUUUUGCAAAUGCUCCUCAACCCAUUUUUAAAGGCAGAUCUUACGAAGAAGACAUGGAAAUUGCUGAAGGAUGUUUCAGACAUAUUAAGAAAAUCUUUACUCAGCUUGAGGAAUUCAGAGCCUCUGAACUGCUCCGCAGUGGACUGGACCGAUCUAAAUACCUGUUAGUAAAGGAAGCCAAAAUCAUUGCUAUGACCUGUACUCAUGCUGCCUUAAAACGACAUGACUUGGUAAAGUUAGGUUUCAAGUAUGACAACAUUUUAAUGGAAGAGGCUGCUCAAAUUCUGGAGAUAGAAACUUUUAUACCUCUUCUCCUACAGAAUCCUCAGGAUGGGUUUAGCCGACUGAAACGAUGGAUCAUGAUUGGUGAUCAUCACCAGUUACCUCCAGUAAUUAAGAACAUGGCCUUUCAGAAGUAUUCAAACAUGGAGCAGUCUCUGUUUACUCGCUUUGUCCGUGUUGGUGUUCCUACUGUGGACCUCGAUGCUCAAGGGAGAGCCAGAGCAAGCUUGUGCAACCUCUACAACUGGCGAUACAAGAAUCUAGGAAACUUACCCCAUGUGCAGCUCUUGCCAGAGUUCAGCACAGCAAAUGCUGGCUUACUGUAUGACUUCCAGCUCAUUAAUGUUGAAGAUUUUCAGGGAGUAGGAGAAUCAGAACCUAAUCCUUACUUUUAUCAGAAUCUUGGAGAGGCAGAAUAUGUAGUAGCACUUUUUAUGUAUAUGUGCUUACUUGGUUACCCUGCGGACAGGAUCAGUAUUCUAACAACUUAUAAUGGCCAAAAGCAUCUUAUUCGUGACAUCAUCAAUAGACGAUGUGGGAAUAAUCCAUUGAUUGGAAGGCCAAAUAAGGUGACAACUGUUGAUAGAUUUCAAGGUCAACAGAAUGAUUACAUUCUUCUUUCUCUUGUACGAACCAGGGCAGUGGGUCAUCUGAGGGAUGUCCGUCGCUUAGUAGUAGCCAUGUCGAGAGCCAGACUCGGACUUUAUAUCUUCGCCAGAGUGUCUCUCUUCCAAAACUGUUUUGAACUAACUCCAGCUUUCAGCCAACUCACAGCCAGACCACUUCAUCUGCAUAUAAUUCCAACAGAACCUUUCCCAACCACUAGAAAGAACGGAGAAAGACCAUCUCAUGAAGUACAGAUAAUAAAAAAUAUGCCCCAGAUGGCAAACUUUGUUUACAAUAUGUAUAUGCAUUUGAUACAAACCACACAUCAUUAUCAUCAGACUUUCUUACAGCUACCACCUGCGAUGGUGGAAGAAGGCGAAGAAGGUCAAAGUCAAGAAACAGAAUUGGAAGCAGAAGAAGAGGCCAUGCUCAUUCAAGCUGAUGACAUACCAAGUCCACCUGAUGUCAGCUGUAGUCAAGAGACCCUGGCCUCUCGGCCUGAUUCCACCCCCAAUCAGACUGAGACCACUGCCAGUCAGACAGGAGCCAAUUCCAGGCCAGAAACGGUUACUGCUUCUGUGCCAGGAGCUGUAACUACACCAGUAAAGGCAACCACCCCUCAGGAUGCCACAUCUGCCCCAACAAAGACCAACUAGCCAAAUUGUAGUCCUUUUUAGGGAGGACAUUCAGUCAUAAAGUCUAAGUAAAGUUACUUUUGGUAUUUUACAUUUGCUUCUGCUAUUUGAAUGGCACUAACUAAUGUGCAGUCCUUAUUUUUGUUAACUGGUUUUCCUAUAUGUAUUUUUAAAUUAUAUGUAUAUAAACAGGUCAGUUUAAUUUACUUAAACAGAAAGGCAAAUAACUAUUCCUUUGAUAUUUGAUCACUGAGUGUAUCUAUAAUGUAUCUAUCCUAAUAUGAUUUCCUCUAGAAUACAUAAGACAUACUUCACAUUUUUAACAAACUCUAGAGAAAAGGACAAAAUACACUAGAAUUAACUAUAAGUUCCCUUGAACAAAUGUUCCAAUUAGAGAGGAAAUGGUUUCUUCUGUCAUGCAUACUGUGGGAUAUUUAAGUUCCAUCAUCUUUGAUUACCUUUUGUUUUUUCUGUAAAGACAUUCCACUAAGAGCCAUAGAAAAAAGAUUUCUGUAGUUUAUCAAAGAGGUUUCCUUCCCAAGAAUCUCAGAAUGUAUCAGAAUCACCUAGGUUUGUUGUUUAUUCUUAGAGUCCACCUCAGACUUGGUGAAUCAGAAACUCAAAGGUCACAACAGGUCCUGUAGUCUGGUAGUGUUUGGGUUACUGGCAGAGUAGCAUCAGGUAAGGCUGGUGAGGUUAAAGCAGGAUUUGUCACUCAGCUAAACAGGAAAACUCUGGGCAGAAAGCAGGACCCAGACUCUGGGCAACAAUUCAGCUAACUUCACUCUUUGUGCAGGGUAGAAGACUCCCAGUGUGGAGUUCUGUUUUGUGUCAUUUAGUUUUCUUUGUGGAUAACAAUCCACAAGGAGACCUUCAGGUGUGAAGUGCAUCAUAUUUGGGAGGGUAGAGAUAUUAGGACCUUCCUAUUAUAGUGUGAUUAGCAAACCACUAGCCUUGGUUAUCUUUGAAGUUUAUUAGAAAUGUAGAGAUAUGACCUCUGCUCCAGACCCAUUAAAUCUAAACCAGUAUUUCAGCAAAGUUCUCAGCUGAUUUAUUUGCAUUUUCUGGUUUGAGAAGCACUAUAAUGAGAUUAUUGUGUUUUUUGACUACUGACCUCUGCCUAUAAGGACUGUAAAUGGGGUGGCCAGAGCACAAGAGAUGGAUAUAUCUAUAUAGGGUAGGGGAAAUUGCACUUAUUCUCUUUACCCCAUUUUGAUCGUCUGCUAGGCUGGCUGAAGGAGCACUUCCCCAAAGCAUAUCUACUUAGAGAAUUUGAGGAAAGAAUAAGAAUUGUACCUCUCAUCCUGGCAGUUUAAAGGGAUGGUUAAUUCAUAAAGAAAUUAAACCCAGAAAAUUCUAUCAGUUGUUUUUUUGAGUGACCAUGUUUGCUCAAUUCUACCCGGCCGUGGUGGAUAUGAUUCACACUCUCACCUUACAGUGUGUCUAACUUCAUUAGAACACUGUAAAUGUUAGGAGAGGAGGGGGAAGUGAAGGGAAAUGAAAAGGAGUGAAAUGUGAAGGAAACUGCACUAGGAAUCCCUGGUCUAUUUGUUAUCAGAGUAAGGAUCAAGCCAGUCGGUUACAUAAUUUCUCUGAUAUAAGAAUUUGAAAGCAGGUGUUGUGGGCAUCUGUAUGAGGAAUAGCACUCACGGAAUUAUUUUCAUUUGUGAAUAUAUGGUAUCAGGCUAAGCAAGACAGAAAGAAGCUUUACUGUAUUACAGUCUUUCCUGGAAAAGAUUGAUUUUUUUCUCUCUACCCUUUAGAGGAUAUGAAUUAUGAUACCUGCAACCAAAAUAAACAAACUGCUAGGCAGAUUUCUCAAACUGUUUUCCAAGUGUCACUUAGAAAAUCUCUUUGUCUAACUGGAUGACCAUACUUUUUUUCUUUGCUGCUUGAUUUUUCUAUCACACUUUAAAAAACAAAUGCAGGCAGAAGAUGGGUAAGCCUUUUGUCAAAGGAAUUAAAAACUGGAUGCGGAUAGGAGGAUUAAAUUGUUCACUCACUGGGAAGGCCAGAGAGUUACAGAAAAUCAUGGAACUUUUAAAGGAAUUUAAGAGAUUCUUUUUUAAAAACAAUGAGGAAACAGAAUGGAGAGGCUUAACCUGGCUGGCAAAUGGGGCUGAGGACAAAAUUAAGUCCAUAUUCCUAAGGCAGUGUUUUAUUUAUAUUUCAAAUCUAUAAGAGUGAUGGCUUUUACCAAUUCAAGAGUUUUCUAUAUAAUAUGAGAUUCUACAGACAGGUACUAGAGUCGUUGACUAUUGCAGAUUAGUGUUCCCAUUGCUCUCCAUCCUGUUUUUCAUAUUUGAAUAUGUCAUGAUUUGGAAUUCUAUUUUUAAAAAGAGACCAAAAAGAUGCAUGCUAAGAGAUUGAGCAUGAAAUAAGCAAUUCAAGUACUGAGACUUUUUUUUUCCCCCACAAACUGCUGAGUUAAGAAAGUUCAUUACCAGCAGCUGAGAAAUAAUAAUUCCAUUGAUUUGGGCAAAUGAAUGAGUAGAUCUAAAUAAACAUUAUCAGAGCUCUUGAAGUUGGUGUGAUGGUAAAAGUUGAGAUGUUUUUCUAAAUACUAAAAGAAACUGCAUAAGUGGAUCAUUUGUGACUCUAUUAAAAAUGAAGUUUUUAUGAUCAAGAAAUAGCACAAUAUUAAAAGCAAACUUUGGACUCACCCUGACCUUGCUUAAAUUUCACUUAAUUUGCUUAUCGGCCUUUGAUUUGAACUUGUGCAGAUUUUACAACUUUAUAACCUCUGUAAGCCCCAGUUUUCUUAAUAAAAACAGGGAAGAAAUCUG